UCUCUAGAUUUUAGGGUUUUGUCUUUGUCUCUCUUUAAACUUGGGCGAGGGGAGACUGUGUUCUUCUCGAUUCUCCUCCCGCUCCUCCUCGAUACUUCUCUCUAACCCAUUUCGCCUCAUAUACAUGCUUCAAUUACUCACAUCUCAUCUUUCGCAACUUCCACGACAUCGACAAUCACUCUUUCUUCAUCUCCAUUUCUUAUCUUCUUCCUCUUAAACAAAUGCGGGACGACGACAAUUCUUGUGAAACUGCAAUUGCAGACUCCAAAGAACACGACAAAUCCGACAAAUCCGAGGAUGCUUCUUCAACCACUUUAUCCGUAGACGAUAAUGCUGCUGAUUACGACUCCGUUCUAGAUAUUUCUGGAAGAAGUUUGGAUUUUUCGCUGUCUACUGAGCCUGAUGAGUCUAUUAGUGGGUUGUAUAUGUACAAGAACGUUUUCAGUUUGAUCCCACCUUGGUUAGGUCGUCACGAGAGUUUAAAGACUCUGAAAUUCUUUGCGAAUGAGAUCAAUUUGUUCCCAGAUGAAUUUAAGGACUUUGAUGAACUUGAAUGCUUGCAAUUGAGGAUUUCUUCUCCUGGACUUAACGGUUUGGAUUUGCAUAAGAUAAAGGCUUUGAAGGAGCUUGAGUUACGCAGGGUGCCUCCAAAAGCUUCUGCUUUUCCUUCAUUAAAUGACAUUGCUGGACUCACGUUCUUGAGGAAGCUAUCUGUUUGUCAUUUCUCUAUUAGAUACCUUCCUCCAGAGAUUGGAUGUCUGAAAAAUUUGGAAUAUCUAGAUCUUUCGUUCAACAAGAUGAAGAGUUUGCCUGCCCAAAUAUCAUAUUUAAAUUCUUUGGUAUCUCUAAAAGUUAACAAUAAUCGGCUUCUAGAACUACCUUCGAGUUUGUCUUCGUUGCAAAGACUGGAAAUCUUGGACCUGUCAAAUAAUAGAUUGACGUCUUUGGAAUCUCUCAAACUUGAUUUAAUGCACAAUCUUCGCCAAUUAAAUGUCCAGUGCAAUAAGCUUCCCAGUCACUUCCAAAUUCCUUCAUGGAUAAGCUGCAAAUUUGAGGCUAAUGCUCAACGUCCUUUCAAUAAUGAGUCUGACAGUUCUGUAGAUAUGGACGUGUUUGAUGAUGUUUAUGAGAAUAAUGAUUCCAGUAUUUCUGAGAAAGGCACUUCCAUUGCCUCAUCAAGUCAUUCAUCUGGAUCUUUAAUAACUAAUCGUUCUCAUGUGGCGAGAAGUUCUCGAAAGGGAUGGAAAAGGCGUUAUUAUUUGCAGCAAAAAGCUCGCCAGGAACGUUUAAACUGCAGUAGGAAGUGGAGAAAUGCCGACGAUAUUAAUAAGCCAUCGACAGCUAGACCAUCUGAGAGCAAUGAGCCAUGCAAAGAAAAUGUUCUUGAAUCUGAAUCUCUUAAAGAGACUUCUUUGGUCAUGCUAUCUGACAACAAUACCAAAGAAAUAUGCCCUAAAGCAGUGUGUGAUGAAUUACUUAUUAGGGUAGAGGAUGGGGGUACAAAUAUUGUCGACUCUGGUGAAAUAUGUGAAGAAACUGAAAAUAACUGUAAAGAAGAUGAUGAUGAAUCUUUGGAUUCUAUUGGCAAUGCUUCUGAUUUUCAUGGAAAAGAUUUAUCAUCCCACUUUUGUAACAGCUCUUUUACUACAAAAAGGCAUGGUGAUGGAGAUCUUGAUAAUCCGAAACCUAGCAAAAGGAGACCAGUAGAUGAUAACUCAGAUAUCUCAUGCAAAUAUAGUAGCACUUCAUUUUGUGGCAUUGAUGACCAUCUGCCUGAUGGCUUUUAUGAUGCAGGGCGAGAUCGGCCUUUCUUACCACUGCAUAGCUAUGAACAAAUUUCCUGUCUAGAUUCACGUGAAGUGAUCCUUAUGGACAGGAGAACAGAUGAGGAUUUGGAUGCAAUUGUUCUAUGUGCUCAAGCACUAGUUUUUCAUUUCAAGCAGUUCAAUGAAUCCAACAGAGAAGAUGGAGAGUCUUAUUUUGACAACUUGCAGAUCGCAUCAUUACUUUCUCUUUUUGUUUCUGACCACUUCGGAGGAAGUGACAAGACUGCAAUCGUUGAGAAAGCACGGAAAUCUGCAUCUGGUUCAAAUUAUAGAAAACCAUUUGUUUGCACUUGUCCAACUGGAAACAACUGCAAUAUAGGAAGACACAGAGAACAAAUCAUAGGCGGCUCGACAGAAAACAUUCUUUUGUUUGAUCUAUGUGAGAGGUCUCUUCAGUCCAUUAAAGCCAGAAGGAAUUCUGUUGUUGUUCCUAUUGGUGAACUCCAGUUUGGUGUGUGCAGACAUAGAGCGUUGCUUUUAAAGUACUUAUGUGACCGGAUCCAGCCGCCAGUGCCAUGUGAACUUGUCAGGGGCUACUUGGACUUUUCACCUCAUGCAUGGAAUGCUAUUGCGGUGAAGAAGGGUGGCCACUGGAUUCGCAUGUUAGUUGAUGCAUGCCAUCCUCACGACAUAAGGGAGGAAACAGAUCCAGAGUAUCUUUGCAGGUACAUUCCAUUAAGUCGGAUUACUGUUCCAAUAGAUGCUAAGAGUGCCUCUUUGUCCUCUCCACCAUUUCCUUCUUUGUCUAUGAGCAACAAAAUUGAAAAUCAAGGUUCAAGCACUAUCAUCAGGUGUGAACUGGGAUCAAUUAAGGCAGUAGCAAAGGUACGAACACUGGAAGUAAAUGGGACUACUUCAGAGGAUAUUAGGAACUUUGAGAAACAAUGUUUGGGGGAAGUGAGGAUUUUAAAUGCCUUAAAGAAACAUGAUUGUAUUGUUAGAAGUUAUGGACAUCAGUUGUCUAUGAAAUGGAUCCCAGCCUUAGAUGGGAAUCCAGAGCAAAGAAUAUUGCAGUCUGCUGUAUUAUUGGAGCACAUAAAAGGCGGUUCAUUGAAGAACUAUUUAGAGAAAUUAUUAGUGGAGGGGGAGAAGCACGUGCCAGUGGAGUUGGCCUUAGUUAUUGCUAAAGAUGUUGCAUCUGCUUUGGUGGAAAUGCAUUCUAAUCACAUCAUCCAUCGUGAUAUAAAGAGUGAGAACAUUUUGAUUGAUCUUGAAAGUAGACGCCCAAAUGGAACGGCGGUUGUAAAACUGUGCGAUUUUGAUAGAUCAGUUCCUCUUCGAUCCUUGUUGCAUACGUGUUGCAUUGCUCACUUUGGGAUACCUCCACCCAAUGUUUGUGUUGGCACACCACGUUGGAUGGCACCUGAAGUUCUUGGAGCAUUGCAUGACGAUAAAACUUAUGGACUGGAAGUGGACAUAUGGUCAUUCGGGUGCCUGCUAGUGGAACUUUUGACCCUGCAAGUCCCUUAUGCCGGUUUAUCUGAAUCCAAAAUUAAAGAACUUCUAGAGGCAGGAGAGCGGCCUCCAUUGACAGACAAGCAGGAUGAGUUGAAUUUGGCGGAGGAGACAGAAAUGUCAACCCCAGAAGCAGAAACAACCACCACACUGAAAUUUCUCACCGAUAUUUACAGAAAGUGCACGGAGAGCAAUCCAGGCAACCGUCCAACUGCGGAAAAUCUUUAUGAUAUGUUGAAUGCUCAUGAAAUUGCUUUGGCUGAUUCAGUAACUGCUGAACAGGAAGCUUAGCUUUUCAUACUAACAACCCUAGAGGAUGUAUUUGGUUUACGGGUGACUAAAUUCUUCCAGGUUAAAUUAUAUUAAAUUAGACUUUGUUGUAAUAUCGAUUCGAAGAGUUGUUUGUUGUAAGGGAGGAGGGGAUAUAGAUAUUUUUUUUAUUCCAAGUUUUUAUUUGAAUUCAUCCAAGAUGAAACUAUUUGUAGUUUUACUCAAUUUAAUGAUCUAAAGUUCUAUGAAAUAUUCAAAUUCAGACAUUACUUUUA